CCGGUAUUCAUCUGAAGCCAGCUGCAUCUGUUACUUGGCCGCUGCGUGCAGCAGUUAUGUCCCAAAUUGGACUAUUUUUUUGUCAUGGUUGGUAAUUAAUACAGCUGCGCCACAUGAAUUAAACAAAGGCGCCAGACUUGCAUAGUUUUUUGUUGUCUAAGUUUGUCGUCGGAGAAAGACAGUUGAGUAUCAUGUUUUCCUUUAGACUCAGAGCCAUGAGGGUACACGUGGGCAAGAUUGUACGGAACACUGCCGUCAUCUUUGUUCUUGCGACAGUCCUGCUAGCCUUCCUUCAUCUCAGACAGCAUUCUGCCACGAGUACCAGUGAUAGCAGUGAUUCACGUGGGCAUCCUGGUGGCAUCAAUUUGCCAAAAUUGCCAAAAGUAACGUCGCGUGUGCCUGCACCAUCAAAUAUAUCGACACAAGCCAUGCAGAGGGCUACAACACUCAGCGCCGUGGAGACCAACCUUAGAAAACUCUCGGAGACCCAUCUGGUCACGUUUAAGAACGCCACCCCGGAAUUCAGCUUCAGGCAGAAUGACUUCUUUUCACCAUCGACAUGUCCGACAUCCCUCCAAACAAGGCUAAGUGCCAAUACUUCAUGGACAUCGGAGCUGUAUCACCCUGAGAUUAAACAGUUGCUGACCAGCACCAAUAUCAGCAGGAAGGAAUACCAGCGACUUGUCACCUACUGGAUGCCAUUUGGAUUCAAGUACCAUCAGAAUUUCACCUAUGAAGAGCUCAUUGAUGUCCUGAACUUGUUCCCUAAGUCUGACUCCAUCUUUGACUUUACGAGACAAAAGUCCAGACCACAGUGUGUAUCCUGUGCUGUGGUCGGUAACGGAGGCAUCCUCAACGGAUCCAAGAUGGGCAAGGAAAUUGACGGACAUGACAUGGUGUUCAGAGUCAACCACUGCAUCAGACGUGGUUACGAAGAUGAUGUCGGGAAUCGAACCACUCACCUUGUAUUGAUGGACCGGUCACUCCGAAACACAAAGGACAGAGAUAUCCCUAGGGAUGAGGGAAUCAAGUACGUCUUUAUGCCGUGUCGCAAGCAGGACUACCGGUACGUCAAGGAAGCAGCCACCGGCCGCAGUCCAAAAUUAAAACUCCGCGUCAAUGUUCAGGACGUCAGGAUACUUCAUCCAGAUUUCAUCAGAUACAACCACAAAAUUUGGGAAAACACCCGAUCCUUUCGGCCAACGACGGGCGGCAUGAUGUUUUUCACUGCGCUUCACGCCGGCUGCGACUCGGUCAGUGUCUACGGCAUGGGCUUCACCGGCGCAUACUCGGAGCACUACUACGACAAGUCGUUCGUUAAAUUCAAAAACGUCAAAGGCAGUCACGACUUCAAGAAAGAGGUUUCGAUCUUAAAGCGUCUGGAUCAGGACGGAUUAAUACGAUGGUACAAGCGAGAUGUACACGAAUUCUCUGCCAGAUUUUCACUGGACCUAACCACGGUGCCCACCAUAAAUUCAGCGGAAAACCAAUCUAAACUAAAGCCCAGGCAGUCCUACAGGAGGGGCGUGAUACGAGAGACGCCCCACCAAUUAUACCAAAACGCCCCUGACUUGGUGAAGCUCAGGCAGCGGGCAGGACUCUCUCAUCACUGGCCCGACAAACGGUCACAAAACGGUAUCAAAGUUGACAAUUUGAGUUCGUAACCACCAACAUUUCAGUCCUUAUUUAUUCAGUCAUUCAGGCCUUUUUAUUUUUUCAACCAUAUUAUCCGUAUUUUCAUGGAGAACUUCUCGAUUAGUUCCAUUUCCAAAUCACACAAGUGUCAUCUUCUGACAUGCUGCUUCAACUCGAGACAUUCAUUUCUGUUUAAGACUGUCAUUAAAAAGUCUCAUUUCCUUUGUCAU